AUGUUAGGCGUUGAAGAAUUGCUUCCGUUUGAUCGACGAGGGCGGCAUCAUCGGCAAAAAGCAGCCCCCGGACGUGAAACUUGGCAUGAUAUCCCAAUCGUUCCAAGAUCUGCCAUAAAACUUUUCCGCUCCCACUGUCAAAGGCUUUGGUGA